GGCCAACCCAAUUUUUGUUCUAUUUCUCGCUCAGAAUCCUGGAAUUUGAUAUAUUACUGGGGAAUAUUUAUGACUCUUGCAUGCUUAUGAGGAGUAGCAAUGGCCCAAGUGCUCUCUGUCGAACUGCCGUUCCCCCGACAAUGUGCCGCGCGUUAUUGAGCUUUAAAGAGGAGCUCAGACUAUCUAUCCUCUACAGGACGAAACGAGAAUGCAGAAGGCAUGAAUAUUUGCAUCACAGUCCAGAACAUGGGAUCGCGUGUAUUCGGGAACUCAUGUCUUGUCCCACAUAUUAUUCUCCACCUGCGUCCUUUCUGCGAAGGCACGUAUUCGGAAUAUGGGAUUUGCCUCCCUACCAGGGUCCUCGUCGCUUAAGCCAAAUCGAAUGGACUAGUGGGUAAACAUCGGCACAGACUGUAUGGCAAUGCUGGAGGGAACUGAGGAGAAGAGACGGCUUUCUCCAGCAGAUGAAUUCUUCGACGUUGCCUG